AUGACGGAAAACAUCGAAGAUUCUAAUGAUUAUGCUGCUCAGCUGAUGGCAAAUUUAUUUUCCAAACACGCGAGAAAGGGAGACAUCGAAGUGCCAAAAUUCGAUGAAUUUUUGGACGAAAAACCUUCUGAUGGGAAAAUUCAAAUAGAAAUUCGUCGACCAAGAGGCAAUAAGGAAACAGAAUUCGUCGAUGCAAAGAUGCCUAAAGUCUUGCUUUUCCAAUCUUGCCCCUUUUUUCUUUUUUUAAAGAAAAGAUUUAUAAGGGCGAGGAAAAUGCCAUUUUUUAAUGUCAGUAGAGAGAAAAUCAACGAGAUCGAAAAGUUCAGCGUCCAAAAAAAUGUCCCGGAUUCGAGAGCUUCUCGGGCCGAAAAAAUGGCAGAGCUGAGGUCAAAAGUCAUGAGCGGGGGAUAUGGAAAAGCCCCUCAAGAAGACUAUUCCAACAAGAAUUCUAGAGAGAAUAUUUCUUCACCCGAAUCAUCAGAUACCGAGACAGAAAACGAAGAGCUCGAAGAAAAAACUGACCCAGUUUUGAAAAAUGACGAGAUCGAGCAGAAGGAGCAGCUUGAACAAAAUUCUAGCGAGAAAACUAGGCUGCACGCGCCUGAACCGAUCAUUGAGCCAGAACCAGCGCCAGAACCAGAACCAGUCUUUGAACCAGUUAGAGAACCAGAAGAACCAAGGAGAGCAGUCAUUGCUCCUCCGAAGCCUCCCUCUCCUACGCCCCUGAAAUCCGAUAAAAUAGAGCUACCGCCAAAUCCAGCAGGGCUUGAAAACUCACAAAUAGCUGACGAAGCAAUAACUUGCAGUGGAUUCUUGAGCGAAAGUGUCCCCUGCUUUCCUUACUACGCGCGUCUGAACUCCGAUAAAUGCUGGGUAUCCGAUCAAGCUCCCGGUUCAAAAACUUUUCUUCAAAUCGACCUUGGCUCUGAUAAGUCGAUUUCACAUGUCGCUACUCAGGGUCAAGCACCGCACAUGCAAGGAUUGCAAAAUACAGUCAAUCGAUGGGUUACAGCUUUUUAUGUUCAAUACUCCAACGAUGGGCAGAAGUGGAAAUUGUACAAGGCAAGGCUGGAAAGACAGUACAUGACGACUUUUGUUGGGAAUAGUGAGCACAGUGAUAUCAAAAUCAACACAUUCCAGCCGCCAAUUGAAUCUCGUUUCAUCCGAAUCGUCCCUACAAAGACCUUCAGAAACCUUCCCGCUGCCCUCCGCUGUGAAUUGUAUUUAUCGUGA